ACUCACAUAUUUUCAUACAACACUUACUUUGAUCGUCUUGUGGCAAAUAUGCUCUUCUACAGACAGUCUUGUUGCUUGAAAACCUUUCGGUAAAAAGUUAAACUGUACAAGAAGUUAUUUUCCUAGAUCAUCAUCCUUGCACUCAGCUGGUCCUGAUUCCAAGUGUUCUGACAUCAGAACCACCUCAGCUGCGGCACGCUAUUGGCUGCGCCACUGCAGCUCCCGUGCGCGCCACAGUAGGGCUUUCAACGCUCUCAGCCAGCGCACCUCAUCCUCGCUGGCAUUGAGGUCAGAGCAGAGGAAGGCGAGAGAUUCAGUGUGAGAGCUUUUACCUAUAAAUUGGAGAUGGUGAGUGUUCCGGGCGCAGUUGUUCUUCUCGAUGGGGAGACUGUAGUCAAGGAGCAAAUGGGACCUGAGGACUGCAGCGAGAUGGCGAUGGAAGCUCGGUGUCGGGCUGGAGAUGAGAAGGCUGACCGGUGGCGGUCUCUGGGAAUCGUAUGGAGAAACGUUAUCCUCAUGGCCCUUCUGCACAUCGGGGCGGUGUAUUCCAUCCUUGUUAUCCCCAGAGCGAAGCCCCUUACCUGGGUCUGGUCCUACGUGUGUUUCAUCGUGACAGCCCUGGGGGUGACAGCAGGGGCCCAUCGGCUGUGGAGCCACCGCUCCUACAGGGCCAAGCUUCCUCUCAGAGUCUUCCUCGCAGCCGCCAACUCCAUGGCCUUCCAGAAUGAUAUCUAUGAGUGGGCAAGAGACCACCGUGUGCACCACAAGUUCUCAGAGACAGAUGCAGACCCCCACAAUGCAACACGAGGCUUUUUCUUCGCUCACAUUGGCUGGCUGUUUGUGCGUAAACACAGCGAUGUCAUCGAGAAGGGAAGAAAGCUGGACGUCACUGAUCUCUUGGCUGACCCCGUGGUCCAGUUCCAGAGAAGGUAUUAUAAGACCUCAGUCCUGAUCAUGUGCUUCCUGGUUCCCACUGUGGUUCCGUGGUACUUUUGGGGUGAGACACUGUGGAACUCCUACUUCCUGGCAUCCAUCUUGCGUUACACGGUCUCGCUCAACGUCACCUGGCUGGUGAACAGCGCCGCCCACAUGUACGGGAACCGGCCAUACGACCAGAACAUCAGCCCCCGCGAGAACCGCUGGGUCACCUUCGGAGCCAUCGGUGAGGGUUUCCAUAACUUCCACCACACGUUCCCCUUUGACUACUCUACCAGUGAGUUCGGCCUGCGCUUCAACCCCACCACCUGUUUUAUCGAUCUCAUGUGCUGGAUGGGCCUGGCCAGCAACCGCAAGAAAGCCUCCGUGGAAACAAUACAGUCCAGAAAACUAAGGACAGGGGAUGGGAGCUACGGAGCGGUCAACAGCACACAAGAUAAAGAAGCAUGAGUGGUGGCUCUCACUGAACCAAGUCGUGGUUGAGAAGUCCAUGGUGAGACGUCAAUAUAUUCUUAGACCGCCACUGCAUUAUGGUUUCUCAUUUGAUUGAUUUAUUUAUUUUGGGCUCAUUGAGAUUUAAAAUCAAAUUUUCAAGAGCGUCCUGGCCAAGAUAGGCAGUGCCAAGUCAUUACAAAAAUUACAGACAAACAACAUGAAAAACUACAAGUAAUCUAGUGAAAACCAUAGAAUUCACAAGAGUAUAACAAAAACAUUGACAGGACAGGGAAUCAGUCUCAAGAUCAUUCAUCAGUAAUUUAAAAAUACCCAUCGGGACAAGUUCUUCCAGUUUAAAAGUAUUUUGUAAGGCGUUCCAAGACGAUGGCGCAGAGUACAUAAAAGCCCUUUUACCAAAUUCAUUUCGGACACUUGGAACAGUUAGCAGGAUGAAGUCCAGCGAAUGACGAGAGUACCCACCACAUUUCUGAACAAUAAAAAUGCCCAAAUAAAAAGGUAGUAAACCAAAAUGGCUUUAAAUAAAUAAAUAUACUUUAAAUAAAAGUAUACCAGUGACUGAGCAUACGAGUGACUAGAGAAGGCCAGCCAACCCUGGUAUACAAAGUGCAGUAGUGCAUAAGGGUUUUGCAUCAAUUGAUCUCAAACACUGAGUGGAAGCAUUCACAUAUAAGAUAUCCCCAUAGUCUAGUAAAGGCAUAAAUGUAGCUGGUACUAGCCUCCUUCUGGCUUCAAAAGAAAAACAGGCCUUAUUCCUAAAACAAAAUCACAAUUUCAGCAUCAAUUUUUUGUAAGAUGUUGAAUAUGCAAUUUAAAAGAGAGGCCGUCAUCAAUUAAAAUUCCAAGAUAUUUAUAUGAGGUCACAACCUCAAUCUCCUUGCCCUGAUAGGUAGUAAUAGGUGAAAGGUUCAGAGGUCUAUUUCUUGCUUUAGAAAACACCAUUAGUUUAGUUUUGUCAGUAUUGAGGAUACGCUUCAAUUGACACAAGGUAUGUUGAACAGUAUAAAAAGCAGUUUGCAAGUUCUGGAAAGCUUUUGUAAGAGACGAGGCACAACAGUAAAUAACAGUAUCAUCAGCAUAAAAAUGAAGUUGCGCAUUUUGGACAUUUUUGUCUAAAUCAUUUAUAUAAAUAGUGAAUAAGAGAGGACCAAGUACAUAGCCUUGGGGCACACCAUUAAAGACAGACAAUUUAACAGACAUAGGCCCAUCAAAUUGAGUGCACUGAGUUCUAUCAGACAGAUAGUUGGCAAGCCAAGCAACUGCAUGCUCUGAAAUACCUACACUCAACAAUCUCUGCCUUAGUAUAGCAUGAUCAACUGUACCAAAAGCCUUAGAGAGAUCAAUAAAAAGCGAGACACAGUGCUGUUUUUUGUCAAGGGCAUAAGUGAUAUCAUUUAAAACCCUAAUGGCUGCUGUAAUUGUGCUAUGCUUCUUCCUGAAGCCAGAUUGGUACAUUGAUAAAAUAGAUUAAGUAAAUAAAAACUAUUUUAGCUGUUCACUCACAAGGGUUUCAAGUAUUUUCACCAGGGGAGACAGCUUUGAGAUUGGCCUAUAAUUAUUUUAAAAAGUUGGAUCUCCCCCUUUUAAAAGUGGUAGGACAAAUGCUGGUUUCCAGAUUUCCGGAAUUUCAUUACAUUCCAGGGUUAGAUUGAACAGAUAUGUAAGUGGUUCAGCUAUGAAAUCAGCUGCCAGAUUUAAAAAGCAGGGAUCCAGAAGAUCAGGACCUGCAGGCUUUCUCUGAUCUAAGAAUUUCAGGGCUUUAUGUACCACCUGCACUGAGAAUAGCAAAAAGCUAAAGGUUUGACCAGCUCUCACUGGUUCAUCCACACAAAAUUGUACAGAGACAGAGAAUCACUGAAUCAAACAGCCUACCAGAUGAUAAAAGUGCUCAUUGAAACAAUUCAGCAUUUCAGUUUUGUCAUAUACAGCAACAUAUACAGAGUCCUUCAAAACACAUGACAGUAACUAAUUAACAUUACUGUUACCAGACAUAGACUUAAUAGCCUUCCGAAACUCAUGUUUCGUCUGCUAUAUUUUGUACUUUGGUCUUUUGGAUCCCCGAAUUGUACAUUAUGUUCUGACACAAAGGUGUCGUUUUUGACUCACUGGUUAGUUAAUCCAAGGUUUAGUCUGGAAACCAAGACAACCAGACACCUUUUGAAAUCAGAAAAUCAAAUCCUAGCAUUGUUACUUACCUGUUGCAUGAGCUCCCACAAGCCAGGCUCUGCAGUACGUUACUAUGUGGAGAAGGGUUUCUAGUGCAGGGGGACUGGUGGGGAGGCAUUAUAAAAGAUGACUCCUGCUUUCAGGAUACACAUGCUGUUUAUUGUCAACGUUUUGAUUGUCGUGUCUUGAAAAAGGUCACCGAGCGAAACGUGGACGGUAAAUGUCAGUCACAUGCAGAGGUAAUGGUGUAUGGGGGGUUAACUUUAAUAUGUUUCGACAUGUUUACCAGAACGUGACGUAAGUGAGAGAGGAAAGGUCCCUGGUGUGUUCCCUCUAGCGUGGAAACUCACGUCACCUGUACCAAGUCCCCACCCCCCUUCAAUCCUUCAUCACAUUGAGAUGUCCUUAGGCGAUGUGAAAUAGGGCCACUGGUUGCGGAGAACAUUUAUUUUAUUCCCUUGCCUUACCAUCAAUCAGGAUGUAUCGCCUGUGACGUAUAACUUGUCGGUUUCCCUCCACGUUCAGCUUGUCUGCGAGACACAGAUAUGUGGAAUAAAGAAAAGUCUAAGUAGAUGACUGAGGAGGUCAGAUAGAUGACUGAGGAGGUCAGAUAGAUGACUGAGGAGGUCAGAUAGAUGACUGAGGAGGUCAGAUAGAUGACUGAGGAGGUCAGAUAGAUGACUGAGGAGGUCAGAUAGAUGACUGAGGAGGUCAGAUAGAUGACUGAGGAGGUCAGAUAGAUGACUGAGGAGGUCAGAUAGAUGAAUGACGAGGUCAGAUGUCAGACUGAUUGGAUGAGUAUUACUGGUCUCUGAUUGAUUCAGUCUUGAAUGAUCACAGUUCACGUCUAUGCUUUCAGAGAAUCUAACGGACCGUGGAAGAAGUGGCGGGUAGAUAUUCAAUAUAUCAGUCAAAGCAAGGCCGCGCUGCAGCUUCCAUGGCGACGAAUUAGUUGUUUAAAAAACGCUCGCAGGAACAUUUCAGCGUUAUCUACUCACUAUGCUGAAAGUUCAGUCUCCACAUUUACACGACACCACACCACUAUUCUCAGGUAUAAAACAGAAGUCUCUCGGUCAUGAUGUAUUUCGUAGUUGGAACGAUUCAGAUUUGAAUUCAAUACAAGACAGAACAUGAGAAAAAGACGUGAGGUUACGAGAGCAUGUUCCUGAACUUUGAUCUAUCCCUUUGAUGAAUUGAUUCCACUCUAUUAUCAUGUGUAAGGAGUGAUAACAUUACCAUAGGACUUGUGUUACUGCUCUCCUGUACUUUAUAGUAUUGUUGAGGGAUGAGCUUGUCUGUUGUAUGCCUGUGUUUUCCUCCCCCAGUGGUGGAAUGGCUGUGUUUGUUUGUAUUCUGUACCUGUCUUGUGUGGGUUUUAUACUGUGUCGAUAUCAAUAGCCUAUAUACUUCUGGUUUAGUUCUAAUUGGACACACACAUACAGUUGUGUUUAGCUAACCUUGUGGGGACACACAAUUGAUUCCCAUUCAAAAUCCUAUUUUCUCUAACCCCUUACUCUAAACUGAACCCUAAAUCUAACACUUACCCUAACCCAAAAACCCAACUCCUAACCCUAAUUCUAACCUUAACCCUAAACCCCUAGAAAUAGCCUUUUUCCUUAUGGGGACUAGCAAAAUGUCCCUAGUUGGUCAAUUUUUUUCUUAGUUUACUAUUCUUGUGAGGACCCCUGGUUAAACUCAUACACACACUCAUACACACACUCAUACACACACGCAUUCUUGUAUAACUAACCUUGUGGCGACACACAAUUCAGCCCCAUUCAAAAUCAUAUUUUCCCUAAACCCCUAACUUUACCCUAAUCCCAAAACCUAGCCCUAAAACUAAACCUAGCUCCUAACCCUAAUUCUAAACUUAACCCUAAACCCCCUAGAAAUAGCAUUUGACCUUGUGGGGACUAACAAAAUAUUGCCAGUUGGUCAAAUGUUCAUUUGUUUACUAUUCUUGUGGGAACCAGAUAAGUAAACACGUCCAGGUGGUGGAGUUUCCUUUGUAAAUGACUGGAUCCGGCUGAGAGGAUACAUAUGAUUAAACUGACGUGUGGGUAUCUGAAUGUCUAUAGUGUAUCAUCGUGCCACUAUUAUAGCUAAGAGAAAUGAUUUAAUACAGAUGCUUUAUGUGUGUGUUGACUUUG